AUGGCCACCCUCAAACCACCAACCGGCCGACCAUCAACGACCGGACCUCCAAAAGCACCCCUCAAAGCCGACGCCACGGCCACAAUCGCCGACACCGCAGUCUUCCAGGGCACAUACCCCGUAACCAUCGGCGCGGGCACCAUCAUCCACCCACGCGCGCACUUCUACGCCUACGAAGGCCCCAUAGUCAUCGGCGAUGGCUGCAUAAUCAGUGAAAAGGCCGUGAUCGGCGCACAGCCGACAAAAUCCACCGGGUCCAAAGAGAUCGCAACGCGUCUCUCCUACUUCGUUACCGUCGGCCCGUCAUCUACCAUCCACCCCGGCGCGCACAUCCACUCGUCUGCGACGAUCGAGGCUCUCGCGACGAUACAUCGAUAUGCGGAUAUCGGGUCACACUCUAAGAUCUGUUCUGGGUGUGAAGUCUCCGCUAAUGGGAAGGUGGAUGAGUGGGUUGUUGUUUGGGGGUCUGGGCUUGGACAACGCAGGAAGAGGGCUCGAGAGGCUAAGGAGCCUGGGCCUGCUGUUGUUGUUGCGGCGCAGGUUGCUCAGGUGCCUGUGCCUGGACCUGCGCCCGAGGGGAAGGUCAUUGAGGAUGCAAGGUUGAUGGUUUUGCAGAAGGAGAGGGAGGUUUUAGCGAGGAUGAUUGUGCCUGCAGGGCCGAAGAAGAAAUGA